AAGACCUGCACAGAGGAGAAGAAGCGCCCAACAUAGCGCCAAAUAGCAUCCACAGGAAUUCCUCUUUUUCUUUCUCUCACUUACAAGUUGACAACAGGUGCACUCAAAGCAGGCUGAGGCUGAACAUUCAAUACGUGCUGCACGUUUGGGAUUUAAAAGGUCUCUGCUCAACGUAACAGUAGACAGAAGGCGGUGGCAGGGGGAGGAGGAGAAGGAGCUGGGUGACAGAGAGGUGUUGGAAAGAGCCAUGCUGUCUCUGAGCUGUGCGGACCCCUGGCCUGAGGGCUCAGUGGGGCUUGAGGAGGAGGUGGUGACCGCCGCUGCCCAGGCGGAGGAGCGGGACAGCGUCCACAACAACAGCAGCUGCAUCUCCGUUAACCUGGAUGACAGUCUGACCAGCCUGCAGUGGCUUCAGGAGUUCUCCAUCCUCGGUGCCAACGUGCCACAGCAGGCCCACCACCAGCCGCACCUGUUCGGCCACCAGCCGCUGGGCACCGACGCUCCAGCCUCCCCUCUGGCCGGGGACCCCGCCUCCAUCGGCAUGCCCCUGACCCCGGGGAAGCCCACAGCGGCGGCCUACUGCAGGAUGCAGACACUUCCCGGCAUCGUGGCUCACGGUCACUGUCCAGAUGAGGUGGACUACAAGACCAACGCGCACAUCAAGCCACCCUACUCGUACGCGACGCUCAUCUGCAUGGCCAUGCAGGCCAGCAAGAAGACCAAGAUCACUCUGUCGUGCAUCUACAAGUGGAUCACCGACAACUUCUGCUACUACCGACAUGCUGAUCCCACCUGGCAGAAUUCCAUCCGACAUAACCUGUCACUCAACAAAUGCUUCAUCAAGGUACCACGGCAGAAAGACGAGCCAGGGAAGGGUGGUUUCUGGAAGAUUGAUCCACAGUACGCUGAGCGUCUCCUGAGUGGCGCUUACAAGAAAAGACGAAUGCCACCAGUCCAGAUCAACCCAGCUCUGCAGAACCGACUCAGGGUCAACCUCCAGCCCCAGUCCAGGGGACCCUGCACCCCCACAGGAGGGGGUCAUGGCCUGUGCAUCAACCCAGAGUCCCAGCGGCUCCUCCAGGAGUUUGAAGAGGCAACCGGCGCCGAUCAGAACUGGGACCCCCAUCUGGCUGAAGGGACCAUGCUAGGUUCCUGGCCAGUGGUGAAGGGAAAAGGUGGGCACAAGAGGAAACUGGGCUCCAGAAAUGGCACCAUCAAAGUUCCCCGGCGCUCCAGCUCCCCAUUGCUCUCUGCAGACGAACAGAAGGAGAUUGGACCUCUGAAGGGGGACUUUGACUGGGACGCCCUGCUGGACUCGGCCCUCAGCGGGGAGCUCAGUUUGGAAGGAGGAGAAUCUUUGAGCCCCAUCAUGAAAGAGGAGGACCUAACAGUGCAGGGGACCCACAUCUCUCCUGUUGAAGCUCCCCCAGGGACAGCGGGCAUCCAUGUGUUGGUGGAGACCCAAAGGAAUAAUGACGUGUCAGACUUUGAUGAGGAGACCUUCCUUGCCACCGCCUUCCUUGAAAGCCCCUGGCCAGAAGAGGAGGAACAAGGCCGCAAUGAUUUCCUCUGUAGCUCCUCCGUCAACCUGGACCAGCUGUUUGACCUCGGGGACUCAUUAGGUGGAGACCCAAGCACCCGAAUUGAUACCCUCCUUUGAGGAGUGGUUGGUCCUCUCUAACACUAAAAACUCACUGAGGAAUAACAGACUUUUUUUUUACAUUCAAGCAACUCUUAUUGUCUUUUUGAGAUGUUUAAAGUGUUUUUAGAACAACAUUUUGAUACCUGUUCAUGCAGGAAAUACAUUCCCAAUGCCUACUGAACAAAGGUGCCACUAUGUACAGCAGCAGUUCACAUCAUCAUGGGGAAAACAAAACUAUGUUGAAUUACUCUCAGUAAACCAUGAAAUGACUGGAGACAAACACAAACUAACUUUCAGUUUUGGAGCCUGGUCACAGCAGAAAGUGGCUGAACAAAAUGAAUCUUCACAAAACAAUUUGUUAUAUAACUUGGUGAUGUAGUGAGUAAACUGUCAAUUAGCAACAUGGAUGUUUUAAAGGAGCUGGAUAAAGCGCUGCCACUUUGCUGCGCAGUUUGUCCCAGUGGCUAACUGCAGUACUACAAUGAAAAAAUCCCCUGCGGCCCAAAUAGCAUCUUCCCCAUAGACCACUGUGAUAAAAGAGACAUCUGUAAAUCUGUUGACAGGACAGCUUGAACUCUAGACAAGGUUGAUCAUUAUUUUUUGUCUAAUGAAAUAUAAAUACUCCAUUCCAAUUACCUUGUAAGUUGAAGGUCGGAGCUGGAAGCGACCCAAGUUGACCGCGGUCCAGUACAACAAUUCAGAAAACCAAGAUGUUGUCAGCAUUAUGCUGUAUUUUGCGCAUACAAACACCAUGUAAACAUUUCCACAGAUAGAAUUUGGACAGCACUGUCCGUACGACUGAUUUAAUGUUACAGUAUGUUACUACAGUUUUCACCACUGUUGAUGCACAGUGCAACCAUAUUGGAUUUUGAGGUCAAGGUUGGUGAGGUUUCUUCGACUUUUUGAAUCAGAAAUCUGACUUCAGGGGUGUUACAUUGGAAAUUUCCAGCUGAGCCCACAGGAAUUCUGACUUCCCAGUUGGAAGGCACAAUAAUUAAUAAAGAUUUAAUAUUUGUAAAACGUUACCUGAGCUUAGAAAAGUAAGGCACGUUAUUAAAAUGCUCCAGCAGGAGUAACACUAUCAAGCAUGUGCAGUGGACCACACUUUUUGGCUUAUGAACACUACAAAACAAUUUUGAUUACACUCAAUUAGUGCCUUCUUGGACUCUGGUAUCCAGUUAUUGUAAUACGUCCAUGGUUAGCAAGCUUGUUAUCAAUGCUUUAUUAAAAAGCUGUAUAAGUAUCAUGUCCUCUUGUCUGCCAACUGUGUGUAAACCAGUUUAUAAUCUGACAGAGGAGCAUCAAUAAAACUGGAUGGUGACAAACAGCUAAUAAGCUAUAAUAGCUUCAUCCAUUUUGGCUCUCUGUCCCCUCAAAGGUCUACUCUGUCAGGAUAUUCUGCCAUUGGUUAAUGAUGCAAAUUUAACAAAAAUUGAACUUGAUCAAAAACAUUAUCAUAGGAGUACUUGGCCAAUGCAAACUAAUCCAUUUGAAUAAAUGGAUUUCAUCUCAAACUUUAUGUAAUUUUAAAUGUGGGUGUGAACAGGCCUUUAGGAUAACACAUCAUGGUCUCUGUUUACAUCAUAAAAAGGUGUGUAAAAAAAAAAAAGUGAUUCACAGUUUUUAAAGAGGAAGAAAUAAGCAAAUUGUACCAGCAGGUGGAAGACAGAUGCUUUGAUUGACAGAAAAGUCAUGUCUUGCUGAGAAUUGUUUUAAUAUGUAAAUACUGUGACAGCAGCACUACGAUGAUGAAUAAUGACAUAUUUGCCAAAUGAUGUUUGGUGUAGGGGUGAUUUAUUGUAUUAGGUUUUUGUGUGGGGUUUUUGGUACUAACUAUUGUCUGUAUGCAUUUUUCAAAAAUAAUUAGGACCAGUUUAACUAGAUUAAUAAUAAUUAUAUAGGACUAAUUUGUUCUUUGUAGAAGCAUUUAGUAACCACUUUCUUUGAUCCUGAGGCUGCAGUGGAGGACACAUCUGGGCGUCAUGGCAUAAAAGUUGAAACAGCUUGAGGCUGAAUUUUCCAACAAAGACUAUUAAGACCUUAAAAUGCUCACUUUAGAAAAAGGCCAUGGUGCCUUGUAAAUGAAUACCUGACCUUCUAUGUGACAAGAACAACACUUGGGACUCGACAGGGUGGCAGUGUUUUUUUAUUAUGGAGAAUAAAUGUCCUUUUCUUGUAGUGUUGUAUGUGAGGAGAUGCAGCGACUUAGAGCUGUCAGUACAUGAAGAAAAGAUGUAAUAUGUGACACUGGAUAACUAAACCAAACCACUCUGUAUGGAUUCAAGUAGUGUUAACUUUAAAGAUACACCUAUUGUUCCUAGUUUCCUCUAAAAUGUGUGAAAGUGCAAUCAAUGUACAGUGAUACUUGUUUUAUUUUACAUGCAGUUGUUGGAGUCUAUUGAUGCAGUUUACUUUAGAGACACCAGUUUCACUAGUUUGUGUAUUAUGAGGUGUGAAUGCACUCUGAUAGAAAAAAGGACUCUUAAACACAAAGCAACAGUAAAAUGUUUGUGUCAGCUCUUCUCGAUCAAAUAACACUUUUGAAGUAUAGUAAUGGCGUCUUACCUCAUGAUUGGUUCUGUUAAGUCAGAAACUCUGUAUGCAUUCUUUUAGUUUCCUGUUUUUGUCUUAUUUUCCAUUUUUCUUUGACAAUAAAAAAAAUAA